AUAAGCCACUGCAAGUUGUUCGAUUCUAUUCUCUUUCCUCUAAAUCACUCAUUAUCUGCAGUCUGCAUACACAAGAGAGAGAAAAUUCUAGAAAAACAGAAACGAAAAAUAAAUCUCCAAGAAAACGAAAGAAGAAGAAACUCGCAGAUAGAUUGCCAAAACGUCUCUUUCUGAUCUGGUCGAUUUAGAAAGGAAAUGAAGAGCUGUGAGAUCUGCAGGUUGGCGGCGAGAACGUAUUGUGAAUCCGACCAAGCGAGUUUGUGCUGGAACUGCGACGCUAAAGUUCAUGGAGCCAACUUUCUCGUGGCGAGACACGUGAGGUGUCUUCUCUGUCACACGUGCCAGUCUCGCACUCAGUGGAGAGCCGCUGGUGCCAAGCUUGGUCACACUGUCUCUGUCUGCGAGAGGUGCGUUAACAGCUGUGAGCGAGAAGAGAGAGAAGAUGAAAAUGACGACGACGACGAUGAAGAAGAAGAAUCGUAUUCUAAUGAUGACGUGUCAGUUGAUGUUGAUGUAGAGGACGGAGAUAAUUGGUCCACAAUAUCAAAUACACCUCCACCGGCUUCCAGUUCAUCUAGUAGCGAAGAUCCUUGUGGUGGUGAAAGAGAUUUCUAUAAGUCAACAAAUUGGUUUUCGUUGAAAAGGUUGAGAGAAAAUGCGUUACAUGUUCGUUCUCAGGACGAUCUGGAUCGUUUGUCUCCUAAACGGAGGUACGAUUGCCGUACUGUUUUGGCGUCUCGGUGCAGACCAGAGGAGGAAGCCGUUUCUGUUGACUCUAUGAGGCUGUGGAAAGACCAACAGAUCAAUCCGGAGGGUCCGGUUCAGCUUCAGUCCGAUCAGAGAGAUGCGCACAGUACCGAGCCUUUAGGAAAAAAUUAGUGCCUGAUAUAAUAAUCCCGUAAAAAAUGCUAAUCUGUUAGCAAUUAAAAUCCCUUAGCCGUCGAUUAGAGUAGGUUUGGGACUGUGGCCUGAUAUUUCGGAUGAUCUAACCUAUUCUUACAAUAGUCUUUGAUUAAUGUUUUGAUGGAAUGUUGACCCUUUUAGUAGUUUUUUGUAAUUCUGAUUUUUGCUGGAUAUGACGUGGCUCGUGGAUUAUCUUGGACCGAUGUUGAUUCUUAUAUGUAGUAGUAGUGUUGUGGUAUUGUUUUUUUUUUUUUGUUUUUAAUGUAAGGCAUAUUUGACAUGUCUUUCUUGUAAAUCAAAAUGUACGGAAAAUAUGAAUGCUGUGUGUGGAUGGCGAUGCUCCCAGCAAGGCAGGCAGCUUUCAGCAAUUAGCAGCCUUUAGGCUAUGUCUCGAGAGUGUGAAUCUACAAAGCAGUAGAGGUGCAGGGAACUGAGAAAGGUCUUUCUCUGUCCCUUAAAUCUUUGAACGACAUCCAUUAGAUGAGACUUCUCACUGAAUCAUCAGUGCUAUGGACGUCAGUUUUUGUCAGGGAAAUGUCAUGGACAGUCCCAGGGCACGUAUAACAAUUACCAAAGCCCCUCCAUGUAUCCAGUGGGGUGAUGGGAUGGAGCCACGACCUGGGAACUCUGCCCUUUGUGAGGUUUUGUGGCUACCCUGCAAAAUACAGUUGAAAUUGAAAUUUUUAAAAUAUACUGAGCUAGCUAGCCUUGUGUGUGCCAAGCACUCUCAACCUUAUAUCCCGAAAAAUCAACUCCCAAGGCCCAUCUUCCCAUAACAAGCAGCCACGCUAUAACUCUGGAGCAUGUACUUGUGUAUUGCCUAACAAGCUCAUUUCAUGUGCCCCCACGUACGUUUUAUGUUUGUGUGGUUUCCGUUGCAACUCGAGCUAUUGGUUCAUUUUACGAGAAACUUUGAUCAAUAUAGGAUGGUAGUUGCAACCAGACGAGAACUAUUUUCUCCGUUUAGUUGAGGAACGGAUGAACUUGUGAGUUAU